AUGGCACUGAGGAAGUCGACGAUCAAGGCAACAUACUACUCCCUGAAGACAUUUGUCUGCCGUCUACAGGCGAGUGCGGAGGACGACCCAUAUGGCUACUACGCUCAGGAGUUUCUGAAUGGAUUGACUCCUAACGGUCUUCCUCCGCAUGCACUCAAGCUAAAGCUGAACUGCCCUGUCAUACUUCUAAGGAACAUUGAUCCAGCUAAUGGACUGUGUAACGGCACUAGGCUUGUUGUUAGAGGUUUUGAGAGGAACGCCAUUGAUGCAGAAAUCGUGAUUGGACAACACGCUGGCAGGAGGGUCUUCCUUCCUCGAAUACCUCUCUGCCCAUCUGAAAAAGACAUGUUUCCGUUCAAGUUUAAAAGGAAGCAAUUUCCUAUAAGGAUUAGCUUUGCUAUGACCAUUAACAAGGCUCAAGGGCAGACCAUCCCGAUUGUUGGUGUCUACCUACCCAAUCACGUGUUCUCUCAUGGUCAGCUCUAUGUUGCUCUGUCUCGAGCCACCGUGAAAAGAAAUAUAAAGAUACUCAUUCAGAAGGAGAAGCCGAAGGAGAAGGCAAACAAGCAAAAGGACAAUCCAAAGAAGCGAAAAAGACCGACCGUGUCCUUACGACGUCGAUCAAGAACAUCGUCUACAAGGAAGUCCUUACAGGCUGAAUUCCGAUCUUAA